UUAAUUUUCAGACUGUCUUGGGUGCCUGAGAAGAACCAUCCCCAUGCUACUAACACUGAUGUUUCUGGGCCUUGCUGCCCUUGUUGCUCCUUCUGUAAGUUAUGGAUGUUAUGGUGAUUUACGUACUAUGGAAACCCCUGUGAUUUCCUGCAGAGCUGUACAAACCCCAACUUGUGGGGUUCAGGCUGCAGAAAAGAUUGCUGAAAUAGACGUAGUACGUCUAAAGAGAUACAAAGUCCCUAUUAUGAGAGUUGCCAGAAAUCUGUGCAUAGAUCCAGCACUCAUUGCUGCAAUCAUAUCUGUGGAGAGUCGUGCUGGAGCUACUCUAGUUGAUGGCUGGAACCGUGAAAGAAACCAAUAUGGCUUGAUGCAGGUUCAUACACACUACAAUUCGAUUCCUGGAGCCUGGGAUAGUGAAGAACAUAUAACUCAAGGUGCAACUAUUCUAGUUACUGGAAUUAAGGCAUUACAGACAAAGUACCCUACCUGGUCAUGGCAACAAUAUCUCAGAGGUGGGAUUUGUGCCUAUCAUGACAAGGUUAGGAACAUCCAGGUCUAUGAUGGAAUGGACAAUUGCAGUUCGAACAAUGAUUAUGUUAAUAAUGUUAUUAUUCGAGCUAAAUAUCUGCAGAAUAAUGGAUUCAGCAUUUUAGUGUAAUACUGGCUUCAGCCUCUUUUCAGAUAAAUCAUAAUUCUCAUUAUUAUCAACCUGAUCGUGAGAGAUGCUAUACAUCUGGAGAAAACAAAUGUUUAAUAUAGUAAUCAUACAGUGAUUGUAACCACAAAAUAAAUUGUUCCGGGGUUUUUCCCAACAAUAAUGAAGCUGAAAGCACCUGUAAAUUAAUUCCUCCUACCACUCCAUCCAAGCACCUAUUAUCAGUUUCAACUUUUCCACUUACUAGGGUUGCAUGAACAAC